AUGUUCGGCCGCAAGCGCGGGGCGAAGGCGAGCAGGGGUGCGAGCAAGGGUAACGCGAAGGCGAAGAAGGCGGUGAAACGCCUCCUCGAGAAACCCGGGCCGGAGAGGAUGGCGGUCUUGGCGAACCUCGCCGCCGCCGAGAAUUUGCACCCCUUCAACGGUUCUGCGUUAGGAGAGGCGGAUGCCUGUAACGCGGUGGCGACGGUGAUGUCGAUGUUCCCGGAGCACAGGCAGGUGCAGGUGGAGGCUUGCCGAGCCGUGGAGGCCUUGGCGGACGGCACUGAGGAGAACGUUCAGCUACUGGGCGAAGCCAACUGCUGCCACCUCGUGGAGAAAGCGCUGGAAAGGUUUCCUAAUGAUGCCAGCAUUCAGACGCAGGGGUGCCGGGCGGUAACCAACCUUUUCAGCGGGGAAGAGAACAUCAGAAAACUUGGGCAAGGCCGGGCCUGCGAGCUGGUGACGGAGGCAUUGCGGAGCUUUCCCAUGGACCACGAUGUGCAGAUCGAAGCCUGCGGAGCCGUGGCCAACCUCGCCAACAACAGCAAGAGCAACCGGAUCAAGCUGGGACGGGCCGGAGCGUGCUCCCUCGUUGUCAAGAGCAUGACGACAUUCUCGGACAACAUUGAUGUCCAGCACGCCUCUUGCGUGGCGGUGGGAAACCUUGCCAACCGGCACGAGGAGAACAAGAGGCGCUUGGGGGCGGCGGGAGCGUGCAGCAAGGUGUGCGCUGCCCUGGCGAGUUUCCAAGGAGACUUGGGCGUGCAGUACAUGGGGUGCGGGGCGGUGGGAAACCUGGCAAAUAGCAACGCGCAGAACUGCACGCGGCUUGGAGAGGCGGGAGGCUGCCUUCUGGUGGCCGGGGCUAUGAAUGCCUUUCCCAGCGAUAGAAACCUGCAGCACGUGGGCUGCGCCGCAGUCGCGAACCUGGCGAUCAACAACGACCCGAACGCGAGCAGGCUGGUUAAAGCCGGGGGGCGUGUGGCGGUGGAGCGUGCGUUGGACAUAUUCUCGGACGAUGCGGAGAUUCAGACGCGGGGAGAGCAAGCCUUGGAGUGGCUCAGUUCCAAGAAUCGCGUGGGCACUACGCUAUCCAUGAAGAAGCUCACUGGGCCGGAGUCGAGGAGGCAGCAGGCGAGGGUGAGGGCUAGAACCAGCAGCUCGUUCGGCGGCAGCAGCUUCGGCGCAGGAGACAACACGCGCGGCAACCGAGGGCGUGGAGGAAGGGAUCAGGAACGGAAAGGGUCGUUCGAUUCCGUAGAUGACACCGAAGACGACGAUGAUGUUAUGACGGAAACGGAGGACGAGGACGACUACUAUGACUCUGCAACAUCCUAUGGGGGUGAUGAUGAUGAUGAUGAUGAUCAUGAUCAUGAUGACGACAAUGAAGGGGGGGGGAGAGGACGGCAGCGCACCGCCGCCCAAGGACCGCUUGAGGAGGGGGAGGGCUCGGAGGAAGAGGAGGAACACGAGCAGGAGUGGGAUGACGAUGGCAUGUCCGUGGUGUCUUCUGUAGUUUCCACCGGGAAGGCCGGGAAGAAGAUGAUGAUGACGGGGGCCACGGUGUUGGGAAGUGAUGGAAACGGGGAGGAGGAGGAGGCGCACUCCCGGCAGUCUUCGGCGGAGCUGACGAAGGUGGUGACCCCCGUGGCGGUGACGGCGCCGAUCCCAUCGACGGUGCCCCUCGGUAUCGUCGGCCUCGCCCCGGUCCCUCCCCCGAACCGUCCCCUCUCGAGGGCCGAGCAGCCAAUGGGAGCACUCCUUGAGGACUUCGACAGCGACGGGGAGGGGAACUACGGCCCCGGUCCCGGAGAGCAGGCGGCGGCGGCGGCGGUUUUGGCAGCGGCGGCGGCGGCAGCGGCGGUGGCGGCGGAGAAUGAACAGGCCUCCGGGGGAGGGAAAGAUGCUGUCGGUCCCUCGCCUCCCAGGGCACAGCCUGCAAGAUCGCGCGGUGGCUCUUCGCGUAGCGGCCACAGCAGGAGCAAAGGCAGCCGCUCCAACAACGCGGCCGAAGGGUCGCGAGGAGGCGGGAACAGCGGCGCUGCGAGGACACCUGCAGGGGGGGACCCCGCAACCAGCAACGGAAGUAGGGGUAGGGGCACCGCCAAGAAAAAUAAGAGGAGGGCGGGUAGUCGUCGCGGAGGCUUGGAUGAUGACGGUACCGACUACGACGACGACGAUGUGCAGCAGGUAGCCCCCCCCACCAGAAGCGCGAUGGCUCAGAGGGGGUCGUCUGGUCACCGGAAAGAGGGGUCCCGCGGGAGUCAAUCUUCCAGGUCUGCGGGGGGGAGCAGGAAGAGCAGCAUGACCGACAUGAGCUUGCGGAGCGCGGGAGCGGUGUCGGUGCCGUCGGAGUUCCCGUCCAAGCAGAAGUUUAGCUCGAGGAGCGAGAGGUCUUUCGGGUCAGGGCUAAGCUCCGCAAGAAGGCGCAUGAGCGCGGAGGAGGUGCUGAUGACCCCGGCCAUGGCUAUGGCGUCCGCGGUUUCGGGGCUAGUUCGGAAGGAUGAGGCCGUAGCCUACACCCUGCAGACGAUCACCGGCAAGAAUCCGGUCUGGUUCCCCGGCAUGGUGACCAACGUCGAACGUCUGGUUCAGAGGUCUAUCGAGAUGGAGUCUGUCAUGGUGGCAGCGCUCAGCGAGCUCAGACGCUUCAAGGACUCACCGUACGACGACACUUUGGCCCGUGGCGAGUACUUCGACGUCCUUUACCGGGGGCUGUGCGGGGCGCACAUCGCGGCCGCCGUUGUCGCCAGGGGAGGCAUCGUGGCGGAAAGCAAGGACGGCUGGCUACGCAAGGCGAGCGCGCUUGUGAGGAUCGUCUGCCUGGCCUGCCCCAGCAUCAAGCCCGGAGUGGAACUCCUUGGCAAGGCGUUGCAGCUGGCGGAGCGGGACAAGAUGGCGGAUCACGUCGAGCACGUGGCCAAGUCGUCGAGGAGCCCCCGGCACGUGAGCUCCCUUGCAGAGCAAACGGCGCUCCGUCUGGUGUUCGAAGAAGGGAGAGCCGAGGCGGACGAGAAGUCCCUCGAAGCAAUGAGGCGCUUGGAACACCCGACCGACGAGUGGCUGCCUGUGUGGCUCCUUGAAGAGGCGGCUGUUGAGGGGGAUCAGGGGGACGGUGGUGUGGUGGUGGCGGGCCUCCGGGCGAGAGGGGCGCCCGGGACGGAGACAGCCAGGCGGGCGGCUGUAGUGGACGGUUGCACCAUGAUCAAGGAGAUCGGCAAGCGCAGCGUCUACAAGAUCGUCAUGCAGGAAAACAAGGAGGGGCGAUUCGGGGCCGAGGUCGGGAAGAAGGCGGCGCGGGCGGGGCGGGGGAUGCAGCUCCGCGGGGACGCACCGCGACCAGCAGCAGCGUCGAGCGGAGGACGGGGCCCCGCAAGCUGCGAGUAG